UCGCAGAUUUGUUACUUCUGGUAGAGUCCACAUUGAUGGAUCUUUCGCUGGUAGUCGACUGCUGGAGGCACCUGGUCGUCCUUUAUACCGGCCUUCCGAUGUGGUUUCAAUGAACUCCACACGGACUUCAGCGACAACAGUUCGACCACUCUUAUUUUCUUCUAUAGAACUGACCGACGACGACGAGAUGCGAGCAGCAGAGUCUGUACAGGACUUGGGCGAAAUCAAGCUUAAGAUAUGGCAAGUUAGCUGUUUGUAUGCAAUCAGAAGACCAAAGCCAAUCCAGGCCUUCAACCCCGUCAACAAAAUCCACGAACGGUCCAAGAAAGUUGUUCCUCACUCUGUACAAGGUGCCGCGAUCAAGCCUGUAGAGACAAUGCAGACGGCCAAAGUUUGUGAACAAGUCACUUUCAUAUUCUAUUAUAGACCCCUAGACAUACUACAAGCAAAUGGGAUGGCACCAGCUACGAUUAAAUGCCCUAUAUCACCAUCGCCGCCUCCCAAACCUGAGCCCGAACAGUCAGAAGACGACGACGAGAAGAUCGCUGCUUUGAAGGAGCAAAUUCGUCAAAUCAGGGAACGCAAGAAAAGCAAAGCUAAAGUCGAAGUCAAAAGAGAAUUCAAACAGGAAGAAUGGCAAUGUGACAUAGUUUUCGGUAUAUGGCAUGUUAAAUUCAAGGCUUCGACAUUUGCUCGGUCGGCGGAUUCCUGCGCUUUUGUGAGGAUACUCUUGGCGCUUUAGAGUCAGUCAGUUCGGCUGCCAGUAUAUAGUUGCCAUUUUGGGAAAUCCAACACCAACUAUCGUGUUUUUCUGCGCAUAUCUGGCAGCCGCACUGACUCAUACUGCGAGACUUGAAACAGUUCUACAAUUCGAGUCAUCUAAACUACCCACCCAUUUUUUUGUGGAAUGUGCAUGAGGCUUCACUGGUUUCGGGCAACCGACUACGUCGGCCCCGUCAACUCGUUAGAGGGGGGAUAGAAUGUAUGUGUUGUGUUUUGCGUUCAUGGAGUUAAGUUCAAACAAGGACCGAAAAUGAAGGAGACGCC